UUUCCUUUCUUAAAGGCAGUGCCCAUAUGCUCAUUCGCCAACAGGCCUCUGCUUCUGCUUCCUCAACACAAAGCCCUCCAAGGUGGAGAAAGGAGUGUGAGUCUAUGGCUGACCAAAUGGCGUAGUCCUCAAGAAAAAAAAGAAAAAUGCCCUACAUGCAUAUGGAGCCAGAAGAGAAACAUGUGAUACCAUCUUCUCAAAUGGUGUUAAAAUCCCUACAUGGCUCAAAGGAUGAUGAAAAGACUAGUUUAUGGAAAAGGAAAGGAAAAAGGAGGGCGAAAGGAUCUACCAUGGAAGGACUGAAACAAGAGGAGCUUGAUCCAAAUCUGGAGUUUCCCUCUUCUUCUUCCUGCAAAAGCUUAACAUUUCCAAGAAGGCCAGACUUUGGCUCGCUGGGGACUAAAUGCUUGGUUAAAGCCAACCACUUCCUAGCCAAAAUACCUGAAUCAGACAUAAGCCAUUAUAAUGUUAAGAUAACCCCAGAAGUUACUUCUCGUAAACUGAAGAAGAACAUACUGACCGAGUUGGUCAAACAUUAUAGAAGCACAGAGCUGGGGAUGCGACUGCCAGUUUACGAUGGAGGAAGCAACCUGUACACGGCCGGAUUGCUGCCUUUCACAUCAAAAGAGUUCACUGUCAUUUUGGCUGAUGAGGAAGAGGGAGCAGCCACUCCCAGGGAACGAGAAUUUAAAGUGCAAAUAAAGUUUGUAACUUUAGCUAGCAUGCACCAGUUACGAGAAUUAUUUGCUGGUAAACAAGUUAAAAACCCUCAAGAAGCUUUGACCAUCAUUGACAUCGUCUUGAGGGAGCUUCAUGCUCAAAGAUAUAUAUCAGUUGGGCGAUUCUUUUACUCUCCUUGCAUUAAGAAGCCUCAGCAUGUUGGGGGUGGUUUGCAAGUUUGGCGUGGCUUCUAUCAAAGCAUCCGACCUACUCAAAUGGGAUUGUCACUAAAUAUUGACAUGUCAUCCACUGCAUUCAUUGAAGCAAUCCCUGUCAUUGAUUUUGUUGCUCAAAUCUUAAACAAAGAUGUGUAUUCAAGACCACUGUCUGAUGCUGAUCGUAUCAAGAUUAAAAAAGUGCUCAGAGGUGUAAAAGUUGAAGUUACACACAGAGGAAAUGUGCGAAGGAAAUACCGAAUUUCAGGACUAACAACACAGCCUACAAGAGAGCUAAUCUUUCCUCUUGAUGAGCAAAUGAACAUGAAAUCUGUCGUUGAAUACUUCCAAGAGGUGUAUGGAUAUACCAUUCAGUACACACAUUUGCCUUGCCUUCAAGUAGGAAACCAGAAGAAGGUGAACUAUCUACCCAUGGAGGCAUGUAAGAUUCUUAAGGGGCAGAGAUACACAAAAGGACUGAAUGAAAAGCAAAUAGCUUCCUUGUUGAAGGUUUCAUGCCAAAGACCAUCUGAUCAAGAAAUGGACAUUUUACAGACUGUUCAUCAGAAUGCAUACGAGGAAGAUCCAUAUGCAAAAGAGUUCGGAAUCAGCAUUGACACCAAGCUUACAUCGGUUGAAGCACGAGUCCUCCCAUCUCCAUGGCUAAAAUUUCAUGACACGGGAAAAGAAAGGGAACAUCUGCCUCAAGUUGGUCAAUGGAAUAUGAUGAAUAAGAAAGUAAUAAAUGGAAGUGUUGUAAGAUAUUGGGCUUGUAUCAAUUUCUCACGCAACGUCCAAGAGAGCAUAGCUUGUGGUUUCUGUCAACAGCUGGUCCAGAUGUGCCAAGUCUCCGGCAUGGAAUUUAACUCAGAUCCUGCAAUUCCUAUAUACUCCGCAAGACCAGAUCAAGUGAAAAAGGCCUUAAAAUAUGUAUGUAAUGCAGUUUAUACCAAACAUGAAGGAAUGGAGUUAGAGUUACUGAUAGCUAUUCUUCCGGACAACAACGGCUCUUUAUAUGGUGAUCUUAAAAGGAUCUGUGAAACAGAGUUGGGAUUGAUAUCGCAGUGUUGUCUAACAAAGCAUGUCUUCAAGAAGAGCAGACAGUAUUUGGCGAAUGUGUCACUUAAGAUUAACGUCAAGAUGGGUGGAAGAAACACUGUUCUGUUAGAUGCUUUGCGGUCAAGAAUUCCACUAGUCAGUGACAUACCAACAAUAAUCUUUGGAGCUGAUGUCACCCAUCCAGAAUCUGGAGAGAAUUCUCUUCCAUCGAUAGCUGCCGUUGUGGCUUCCCAAGAUUGGCCGGAAGUUACAAAAUAUGCUGGAUUGGUAUGUGCUCAGCCUCACAGAGAAGAACUGAUUCAAGAUUUAUUCAAAACAUGGAAAGAUCCUCAUCGCGGCACAGUUGCCGGGGGUAUGAUAAGGGAGCUCUUGCUUUCAUUUAAGAAGGCCACUGGACAAAAACCAUUAAGGAUAAUAUUCUAUAGGGAUGGUGUCAGUGAGGGUCAGUUCUACCAAGUUCUACUGCACGAACUUGAUGCCAUACGCAAGGCUUGUGCUUCACUAGAACCCAGUUACCAACCUCCAGUAACUUUUAUCAUUGUCCAAAAGCGACAUCAUACCAGACUUUUCACAUCCAAUCACAGUGAUAGGAGCAGCACUGACAAGAGUGGUAAUAUUUUACCAGGUACUGUCGUGGAUUCAAAGAUAUGUCAUCCGACUGAGUUCGACUUUUAUCUAUGCAGUCACGCAGGAAUCCAGGGAACAAGUCGUCCCGCUCAUUAUCAUGUUCUUUGGGAUGAGAAUAAUUUCAGUGCUGAUGACAUUCAAUCUCUGACUAAUAACCUCUGUUACACAUAUGCUCGGUGCACAAGAUCAGUCUCAGUAGUGCCUCCAGCAUACUACGCUCAUUUAGCAGCGUAUAGAGCUCGAUUCUACGUGGAACCCGACGCCCAGGAGAAUGCGAAAAGGUGCUGCACUCGAACCACAAAUGGGUCCAGCGUCCGGCCUUUGCCUGCACUGAAAGAGAGAGUGAAAAAUGUGAUGUUCUAUUGUUGACACAAGUAAAAACCAAGAAUGAGAGAAAUCGGAAAGCGAUUUGUUCACAAUCACACUAUAUACGAAAAUAUAUAUAUCUAUGUAUUAAGAAACUUCGGAGCAAUGAAAAAUUUUGACCAAGUUUACCGAUUUUGAA